AUGUCUCAAGAAUCAUUAACCGAGACCAGAGGCUCGACCACUGCGACAAAAUUCUCCUUGGCCGACAACAACUCGACCAAAUCCGCACUCGAUCCCAUACGCAAGACUUCGCCGGCUUUAGACAGCGUUGAACAACUUCGCCGGAGCCUUCAAAUUGCCCAACGUGCCGAAGCCUUUGCUGCUAACCAGGGAAGAACCAUACUCUAUUAUAUGGCCAACCCAACUGAACUUCGUGAACGUCAUCAAGUGUGGCACUACUUCUACCUAUGCGUCUUAAUCAUCGCGGCUUUCAUAGCUAUUUUCAUCGGUCCGGUCGUGUUUGGCAUGUUGGCCAUGUUUGCUGGAAUUGGUGCCCCGAUUGCACUGUCAUUUGUUGGUAGCGGUCUUGGAUUACUUUCGGGUAUCGCUUUUGGAAUACUAUUGGCCGUUGUUUGUAUCGUUGCGUUGGUCAGAGCUGUUGGUUGGGGUGCCGAGUGGAUUUUGAACACAUUAAUCCACGGUGGAAGUGAUUUGUGGGAUAUCACCAAGACACAACUGAAGUAUAUCAUUUCGUCUGAGGAGUGA